AUGGACCUCCUUCAGACCGUCCGCAAAGAAGGCUCUCGUGGCGGUGUCAACUUCAGCUGGGACGAUGUCAAAAAUGCCACCAACCGCGAGAACUAUCUCGGCCACUCAUUAAUGGCACCCGUCGGCCGCUGGCAGAAGAACAAGGACUUAAAUUGGUACGCAAAAGCCGACGACGCGGAACUUACGCCAGAUGAGCGAGCGGAACGAGAACGAGAGGCCAAGUGCGAAGAGAUGCGAAAGGUCAAAGAGGCCGAGGAAGAUGCGAUGAAUCUUGCUCUCGGGUUGCCUGUGCCAGAUCGGUCGAAUGCGAAUCUGCAACCGUUGGGGGAGAGCAAGAUUAGUCAGAGGGAAGUGAACAAGGCUUUGAGGGAGGCCUUGGGGGAUGGGGAGGAGGAUGAGGGGGCGAAGAGUAGCUUGGGGUCGAGGGAGAAGAAGGAGCACCGAUCUCGCGAACAUCGACGGAGGGCGCGGAGCCGGAGUCGAGACAAGAGGCGAAGACAUGAUGGGGACGACAGGGGAGGAGAGCGACGUCACAGGCACAGGAAGUCGAGAUCAAGGUCACGAGAAGGCGAUCGAGAGUCUCGGAGGCACAGGCAUAAGUCGAGAUCAAGGUCCCGAGAAAGAAGGCAUAGAGACCGAAGUGAAGACCGAGAAGAACACCGCAGCCACAGACACAGAGAUCGCAGCCGUGACAGAGAUGAAGACAGGCACCGGAGGCGGAAAGAGCGCGACGGGCGGCCAC